ACUGAUCUUUCCGCGCAGCGAGAUGUGUAAAAUAUCUUUCAAACACCUGUUUGUUUGUUGACUUUUGCUGUUUUGGUGCGAUGGAAAGAAGCCGCAGCGACAGUGAUACUAAACGAAUACAAUUUGGGAACAGAUAUUUGACAGAUGAAGACCAAGUUUUUCAGCACAACGCCUGGGAUAAUGUAGAAUGGGAUGCCACACAGGAGGAAAUGGCUAGAAAUAAGGUGCUUGAAAAUUCGUCAACAGUUUUGGAUGAAACUGAGAAAGAAAAAUUUGAAAACAAUGCGAGUCAGUUUUGGGAUGCAUUUUAUGAAAUUCAUCAAAAUCGUUUCUUCAAGGACAGGCACUGGCUGUUCACAGAAUUUCCUGAGCUUGCUCCUGAAUCAGAAGUGGACCAAAAUGUGCCUCUUAGUGUAAAUUCUACUAAAGGUGUUGCUGUGAAACAUGAGCAUGAUGGUGCAGGUUCCUGCAGUGACACUACAAAGUUGGAAAAUGCAGAAUCAUGCAAAACAACUUGCAAUCUUAAUUCUGAAGGUUUAGGAACUAUAAACCGUGCAGAAGAAAAGAGAACAAUAAAUAACAAACCAUUCAGAAUACUUGAAAUAGGAUGCGGUGUUGGAAACACUAUUUUUCCAAUUCUUCAGUAUACUAAAAAUCCAGAUUUGUUUGUAUACGCCUGUGAUUUUUCGCCAACAGCCAUAAAUAUACUCAAAGAAAAUCCAGAAUAUGAACCUGAAAGAUGCCAUGCUUUUGUAUGUGAUGUGACAGCAGAUGAUUGGGAGCCCCCUUUUGAAGCUAAUAGUCUUGAUAUUGUUGCUGCAAUAUUUGUAAUUUCAGCAAUUCACCCAGACAGGUUCCGCCAUGUUGCAGAGAAAAUAUUUUACUAUCUCCGACCUGGUGGCCUCGUGGUUUUCAGAGAUUAUGGCCGCUAUGACAUGGCUCAGCUUAGAUUUAAGAAGGGGCAGUGCUUAGGAUCCAACUUUUAUGCUCGUGGUGAUGGAACAAGGGUUUACUUUUUUACUCAAGAUGAAGUGAGAAAUAUCUUCACAGCUGCUGGUUUCUUGGAAGAGCAAAAUCUCAUAGAUAGACGGCUUCAAGUGAAUCGCAGCAAAAUGCUUAAAAUGUAUCGUGUCUGGAUUCAAGCAAAGUAUAGAAAACCAGUUUGCAGCUGACUGAUAUUCCAUAUUUUAUGGACAUGAUUGUAUAUAAUACAAUAAAUUUAAUUAUUUAUAUAUAAUACAA